AUGAAACUGGAGCUAAAAGGAGAUAGUCUUGGUGCCAGACAUAAAUGCCUAAAUAACUUCUCAGAAUCCAUUGCUCCAGACAUAGACUUAAAAAAUGUUAAUACAUCAAACAGUGAUAUUGAAAACCUUGUAAAGAUCGAUUUAGCAAGUAAAAAUCGAAAUGUAGACUAUAUAUUGUGUAUAUUGAGAUGUAAUGAUAUGUUAUAUGUUUCAAGGGCAAUAAAGCAGUGUCCAUGGUUGAUAACCGAGUCUGCUUAUGAACAUAUUAUAAAUCCUAGAUAUCUUCAUGAAGUUUUAUACCCAGAAAUGAUUACUAAGGCUGUACACAAACAUAUUAAGUAUAUUAAACUUAACUUAAAGGAUCCCCGACGAGCUGAACAAUUCUAUUUGUAUGAAACUGAUCCCAAAAAAGCUGUAGAAUGGUUACCUCACACCACCACAGGCUUUAUAGUGUCUAACUUUAAAAAACACAUAGAACAUGUUGACAUUACUCUGCUUAAAAGACUAUGUGAAAAAACAAUUACAGUUUUAGAAAUUUACAUGGAUAACUGUGAUGAGUUUUACUUAAAACGUGAGGCAAUGCAGGCAUUGAUGUUUCUCAUAAAGCAUGAUUUGCAAAGAUACCUUGACAUUGUUGAGAAAAAUGAGUUUUUAAAUCUGCAAAUAAACAAAAAAUCAACCGAGUACAUUGUGAAACAUGACUUUUCAAGAAUCAAAAAUAAAUUUCUUAUGUACUGCAAUGCAAUUGAUGUUCCGACAUUCCUGAAAUAUUUAAAAAAGGAACAAAGUGUGAAAAGCUUUCUGUGUGCCUUAUUUGAGCAGAAUGAAUCAUCUUUGUUGCUUCAUAAUAACCAAAGAUGUCUGACAUAUGAAACUCUUACUCAAUUUCUUAAAGCAAUGCCUAAAGCUGACAGCUUGGAAACCGUAAAGCAAGUAAUAAUCCAUAAAAAACAGUCAAAAGAUAAUAGGCGUUUACCAAAACCACUUAAAGAUAGUAACUUGAUUAAUUACAUAGCUGCUACCAAAAGGCAUGUUUACUAUCAUUUCUGGUAUCGCUUUACACCAUUUGAAUUUGCUUUAUCAGAAAUUAAAAAAAAUAUAGAUAAACAAACACCAACAAAGAAAAUAAACUCCAUCUUUGAAACCUUGCUUGUUGCAGCUGCACACAAUACUGAAAAUCUUAUAACUGUAAUAAAAUAUUUUUGCGAAAAUUUCGCUAAAGCCAAUCACGAAAUGAAGAAAUUGUUUUUAGAGAACCUAUUCAAAUUCAAAAAGUUACACGAAUUUGAUGAAGAUACUAAUAAUAUUAUUAGAAAAACUUUUAUGGAUGACUAUAUUACCGCGGCUGAUGGUGCAAACACUGAUGAACGCUAUGUUCAAAUGUGCAUUGAAUCUAUAAUAAUUACUGAAACUAUUCAGAUGAGAGUGGUAUCAGAUGCCAUACACAAUCGGUUUAUAUUUAAUUCUUUGAAAUCGUAUGAGACAACUUUGAAAAUAGGCGAUAAGGAUAAAGUAUUCAUUUAUUUGUACAACACAAUUAUGAAAAAGCUAAAUCAUCAUUCAUCUUCAUCCAAAGAAGAGCUUAUGGAAAAAAUUAAAUUGCUCGAACAUGCUUUAGACCUAUUGAGCGAUUGGAAUAAAAAUCUUUGUGACUAUCCACCUGUUAUCAACGCUAUACGAGAUUUAGUAAAAACAAACGAGCUAAACUCUUGGAACAUCAGCUUUUCUGAAAUAUAUAAUAAGAAGAAAUCUUGGCGAAAAGUUCUGUUUGACGAUUCCCUAACAAUGAGUCCAAGCGAACCGGUUCUUCUUAAUAUACUAAAACAUAAUCCAGCAUUGCUAGAAAAGUCCAAUAAUCUAGAGAAAGAGUUAUUUAAGAAAGAUAAAUUUUAUUUACGGACUUAUUUUAGUAAAGUUAAAUUGUAUUGGCCUGAAUCCUUGUGCCAGGAAUUAAUACAAAUGUGCAAUGAUCAAUUAAAGAAAGGUGUUUGCAAUAAGACUAUUAUUCGUGCUCUUUGCACGCUAUUGCCAGCUGACGAUUUUAAAGGAAUGUUAAUAAAAUAUACUCCUGAGAACGAGACAAUAAAUUGGGACAGUAUCCACGAUGUUUUUUUAAACGUACAGCAAUACUUGUCGAAAUACAUGCACCUUGCGCGGCCGCAACCUGAUCCCGAGAUUAUAAUCAAAUAUGCAAGAGGUGAUUAUUUACUAUAUGCUCUACCGUCAUUAUAUUCCAUCUUUUACAACUUAAAUGUAUCCCGAUCGCAGCAGUGUAUACCGAUGUUAAUGGAUACUAAAGUUUCCAUUCAAAAGCAUGCUAUUCGCUUGGCUUUCAUGAAACUACACCCAGAGCAAAUCAAAAAUUUACUGGGGGAUGUUAUAAAAUCUAACAAAAACCCUACAAUUAGAUAUGUAUCAUUUAAACUAACUUAUAAACUUUUAUGUAAGGAGAAGGAUCCUAAGAAAAUACAGAGCUUCUGGCCAAUCAUGGAAACCUUUUUGGAUGAUUUAACUUACAAAGACAACGUCGCAAUAUAUGACCUACUUUUUGAAGUUAGACAACUGCCGGUUUCUAUAAGGGGUAAAUAUUUUAUGAAAGCUUACCCUUUCCUUAAAGGUUUAAUUGCGUCUAGCCCUGAAUUCGAAAGAUAUAAUUAUUCUUUUGAGCAAUUUAUUAGCUACGCCAGAGAAAUAAUGGAGCAUUUAUGCCCAGUUUUUGUAGAAAAUAUUGUUCUAGACUACCUGGCGAACGAAUUCAGUAGCACCAAUAAAGAACACCAACACAAAAUGGAACUCUUGUCAUAUUUUAUCCUUAAUUCAGACACAAAAGAAGCACAAGUAAAUAAAUAUGAAAAAAUACUUUUACCUCUGCUACAAAAAUGUUUCAAGCACUGGAAUGAUGUAGAUGAAUCAAAGAACUACCUUUUCAGGGUAAAACUAAACAACUUCCUGAACUGUUUAAUGAAUGAUACCAAAACCCUCUACGUGUCACAGAAUAAAGACUCCCCUAUUGAAUUAUUUAACACGAUUGAAAAGGAAUUGCUGAAAUCUCUUGAAAUUUCAAGCAGUUAUUUGAUAAUCACAACAUGGCAGCUUGCAGUAACAUUUAUAUCAAAAUUUAAUUCCUGUAAACGGGACGGACAUGACUGGGAUAUAAGUUGUUCAAAAGUCAUUCCUGCAUUUAGUAAUAAAUGCCAAGAAUUAUUAAUAGAGCACACCAAAACCUACUUUUCGAAUGUAUAUGUUCUAUUUGCCAAGGCAUUAGAUACAUGCCUAAGGACUUUCUUUUCUAGAAAUAAUAUUCUAGAAGUUCUUACAAAUUUGGUACCCCAAGAGGAUCAAUCGAUGCAGGUAAACCUAGUAGUACUUCAUUUACUAAUGCGAUGGUACUCUGAAAACUCAGAUGAAGUCGAGAAAGUAAAAAAAAUCCUCUCAGUUAUUGGUAGACACCUAUCACCUGAAGUACAGGUGCACUACUAUCAAUGUUGCAUCGAGAACAAAUAA